AUGUCGGACGACAAGAAGCAGAAAGCCAAGCAGGUGGCCGCCGAGAAUGGCGUCGUCAAUCCUGGCGGAGCAGCUAUCCUGGGUGCUGCCCCGUUAUAUCUUGCAUUGAUACCGUUGACCUCCUACCUCACCAAACCUGACAGUGUCGUCCAAAAGCUCAGCGAGACUCUCAUCAAACUUGUUCCUGGUGUCGGCAUCUCAUCCAUUUCCAGCGGACGAGCCAUCCCAGCUCUUUCCGCCAUCUACCUCUUCUGGACGUUCGGAGUGUCUGGGGCCGCGUCGGCUGCUGGACAAGCCAUGGGCCGGGAGGAAGGUUUCGACAAUGAUCAUCCACGCAAGCACGUUACCGAGUUGGACGGGCUGCCACUUCGCCUGCGAUCCGCGCACUAUGCCCUCAUGGAGAACUUCCCAGGCUUUGCGCUGGCAGCCGCACUGGCGCAGGUCAUUGCACCCACUGAUUCACAGGUGGUGAAUCUGCUGGGCUUUCACGUCGUUGCGAAGUUGUUGGUGCACUAUCCGGCAUACCUCGCAAACAUCGCAGUGCCUCGAACGCUUGCGCAUAUUAGUGCUACGAGUGCGUUAAUCAACGUGUGCUGGAGGCUAGCCACUGGU